CAGGCCUCACCUGCCUAGAAUAAUUCGAUCAAUCAGUCCAGUCGUCUUUUUUUUUCCUUCCUUCGCCUCGUCACACCCUUCAUCUUCAAAGUACUGCAUCGCACUCUUUUGCCCGUUCAUUUUAUGCAUUGCGUUAGAGCCUCGUUCGUCCCUCUUUUCGCAGAAUUUUUAAAUGCAGUACAUACCUACGUAUCUAAUAUUACCUCCCGAAAAAUAAAAAUAAAAUACUUCUAGGUUAAAACAUCUUACCUAAACACAUUUUAUCAUCCCCACACCUUUGCCGCGCGCUCGUCCCGCGCCGCCGUUAGAAGGGAAAACGAUGGGUAUUUUUAACCAAAAGUCCAAACUCAAACCGGCGCCGCAGGAUAUCCGCAUAGAAAAAGUUGUCGUCCCGAGCAAGCCUCGGCCAGGUCUGACCCCGAAUGGCCCGCGCGCGUCUUCGAGCCAGUAUUCCGCGUCACCCCGCCUCUCGCCGAACCCACGACUGUCGCGGCCCAAGAGCGCGUCGCCUUACCCGUCCUCUUCCGACGAGAAGCGGGGGGCCAUUGCACGGAAGCGCAAGGCCGUCACAAGUACCCCGCGAGAUUCGCCCGCCUUUGGGAACGACUCGGAGUCCUCGGACGAAGAUAGCGAUCCCUUCCGCAAGCGAUUGCGACGCAGCGAAGAGAGAUCUGCUGAUUUGAAUCGCAAGCUGCGCCACAAAAAGGCAUUCGGCAGCGAGAUCAGGGAUUCGCGCAUCAUCCACGCGGCGGAUAUUGCCUCAGUCGCUACGAAGUGCCCGAUAAUUCAGGGCGCCAAACCCGAAGAGGUCGCGAUUGAGCUGCAAUAUCCGUCGCGGUGCAAACGUGAGAGGUACGAAUUGGUAUGGCAAAAAGAUAAGAUCGACGCCGUCAAAGACAUUCUGUCGGUCGUCGAACAUGUAGCCGAGACAUAUCUCACCGAUGACGAAGCGAAGCCUUUCAUCGAUCACAACGGUAGCUUCAAAAGACAGAUGGAGCGUGCAAUAAGCGAAAAAUAUAGAGAUGUUCCUGUAUUCAGAACAGCACUUCAGAAUUACAACGACAAACUAUUAGAGUUGGUUGAGAAUGGCACUGUAGAAAAGAAUAUACAAGGACUGCACCACCUCCCGCCUAGCCUGGUGUCCUUUAUCCUUACCCAGGUGUACGACCGUACUGUCGCACCCAAGGUAGAAAUGCUCACCAAGUACGAGAUGGGAAGCGAUAACGUCUACGGGGAGCUGCUGCAUCCAUUCAUAACCAAGAUGCUCGUCGAGCAAACGAAGAUGACAUCCGACCAAGUUUUCAUAGAUCUCGGGUCCGGAGUAGGCAACGUCGUCCUCCAAGCCGCACUCGAGAUUGGCUGUAGAAGUUACGGUUGCGAGAUAAUGGAGAACGCCUGCAACCUUGCUGAAGCACAAGAGAAGGAAUUCAGAGCCCGAUGUCUUCUCUGGGGCGUGGCGCAUGGGCGGGUUCAUCUCGAGAGGGGCGAUUUCCGAGCCAGUGCCAAGAUCAUGGAAAAGUUGAAGGAGGCAGAUGUAAUACUCGUCAACAAUAAGGCCUUCACUUCUACUCUCAACGAUGCCCUUAUCAACAUGUUCUUGGAUCUGAAGAAGGGCUGCAAAAUCAUAUCAUUGAAGUCUUUCGUCCACGAAAACAAAACCGCCGUCAACGAUGUCGCCAACAGUAUUCUCGACGUCGAACACUUUCGAUAUCACGAAAAUUGGGUCAGUUGGGCAGCCGCGGAAGGCGAUUACUACAUCUCGACCAAGAAGUGAGGCCGAGAAUACCAAACAACCUAGGGUAUAAGGAGUCAGCAACAUUUUUGUCCUUAAAGAGUUUGGACGGCGGGUAGACAAGAGCGAGUUAGGAUACCAUUUUUGCAUAGAUGAGCG